CCACCCCCUCCCCAGGCACCUGCAGAAGGGUGGUAGGCACGGAUCCUUGCGGAGGUGAAGGGACAGCAUUAGCCCAGAGGCCCGGAGCUGGCACGCGGACAGGUCACAGCUGCAGGGCCGCUAUGAGCCUGGUAGCCUGUGAAUGUCCACAUGGCCCAGGUCCGGAGCCAGAGCCCUGUUCGCGAGCUCGUUCCCAGGCCUGCCUGUAUCUGGAACAGAUCCGUAACCGGGUAGCUGCGGGGUCGCCUGACGUGACCAAGCGGGACUACCUGGUAGAUGCAGCCACUCAGAUCCACCUGGCCCUGGAGCGAGAUGUCAGCGAGGAUUACGAGGCUGCCUUCAACCACUACCAGAACGGUGUGGACGUGCUGCUCCGCGGCGUACACGUUGACCCUAACAAAGAGAGACGUGAAGCUGUAAAGUUGAAAAUUGCCAAGUACCUACGGAGGGCAGAGGAGAUUUUCAACUGCCACCUGCAGCGGACACUGGGCAGCGGAGCCAGCCCCGACACGGGCUUCAGCAGCCUGAGGCUCCGGCCCAUCCGCACACUCAGCUCUGCUCUGGAGCAGCUGAGAGGAUGCAGGGUGGUUGGGAUCAUUGAGAAGGUGCAGUUGGUCCAGGACCCAGCAACGGGAGGAACCUUCGUUCUGAAGAGUCUUCCCAGAUGCCACGUGGUGAGCCGGGAGAGGCUGACCAUCAUCCCACAUGGCGUCCCCUACAUGACGAAACUGCUGCGCUACUUUGUGAGCGAGGACUCUAUCUUCUUGCACCUGGAGCAUGUGCAAGGAGGCAGGCUGUGGUCACAUCUACUUUCCCAGGCCCACUUUAAAUAUUCUGGGCUCAAGUCUGGCUCUGCUCAGGAGAAGUCUAAAGUCCAGCUCAACACCCGCCUCUGCCUCGUGACCCCAGCAAAGCUCCUACCAGACCACACUUCGGGGCAGGAAAGAAUCCCAACAGAGCCUCCACGGACUUCUCAGAGCCUUCCCCCAGUCAAGGGGAUCCCAUCCCUCCAGCCUCAUGAAGAGGCUGACAGUGAACCUUCGGCCAGGACCGGUCCUUUCUGCUUUUCGGACCUCACAGAAGCUCCAUGUGGCCACUCACGCAGCCAAGUCAGGCGAGCUGGCCAGAGUUCGAACACUGCACCCAGCCGGAGGCUCCACUGGUUACGGGAAGGGGCUGACCGGGUGCUAGGGGUCUACGGCCGAGGCAGAGGCCAGAACCCCCCAUUGGCAAACAGGGCCAGCCUAGGGUGUGGACGAGCGGUCUGGAGCUCGAGGGAGGAGAAGGUGAGGCAGUGGGCAGCCGAGAUGCUCGUGGCCUUGGAGGCACUCCAUGAGCAGGGGGUGCUGUGCCGGGACCUUAACCCACAGAACCUGCUUCUGGAUCAGGCAGGUCACAUCCGACUCACGUAUUUUGGCCAGUGGUCAGAAGUGGAGCCCCGGUGUAGCCAGGAGGCUGCAGAUGGCCUGUACAGUGCUCCAGAGGUCGGGGGGAUUUCUGAGCUGACGGAAGCCUGUGACUGGUGGAGCUAUGGGUCACUUCUGUAUGAACUGCUCACGGGAACGGCCCUGUCCCAGAGCCACCCCUCAGGAUUCCAGGCCCACACCCAACUUCAGCUGCCCGAGUGGCUCAGUCACCCAGCAGCCUCUCUGCUGACUGAGCUGUUGCAGUUCGAUCCCCAGCGGCGCCUAGGUGCUGGAGGUGGUGGUGCCAGCAAACUCAAGUCCCACCCCUUUUUCAGUACUAUCCAAUGGAGCCGACUAGUGGGGUAAGGAGUGGAAGUCAGCCCCUGUAACUGUUGGGAGAGGUGGUGAGGUGCACCCUGCUGAGCGACCUACACCCAUCAGCAACAGAUGCCUGUUGGACACACAUCUUGCACCGUUGGCUGGGACCUCUCAUGUUAAAGGCUGCCUUCCGUUGCUCUAGCUCCAAACGUCUCAACACCUGCCGAGCCGACUGACACACUUGGUGACACGGACAUGUUGUACACCAACCACUUAAGACAUCUCAGGACACUGAUCCUAUGGCUCAGUAGACCCAAUCCAAGACUGUCCUGGGUCCAUUUUCGCAGGCUGCUUCUACCAGAUGUUUGUUCCCACAGGGGUUGGGGCACUCAGAAGUAGGUUAUUCUGUAGGGUUAAGUGGGGAGAGGUGGGGAAGUAUGACCCACUGACUUUAGAGAAUCAACUAAGGGGAAGAGAUGUCAUGUCAGUACAAGUGGGUAAGAAUGCACUUUUAGCACUCAGACUGAGUUUGCAAACAGAAUAAAGAGCUUUAUUCUC